GUGAACAUUUGUUCAUGCCACCUCCUUUGUGGCGCGACCUACCUGAUAAAAAGCACCAAGACACACUCCGGUUAAGAGUGCCAAAGAGUAAGUUAACUCGACGCCUCCCUGAACUACGGAGCCGCGGGUUGCAUCGUCUGCUGGCCGCCGGGCGAAGGAGCCUCGUCAGUCGACCGCAGAAGGCGUGGUGCCAAGCAGCAAGAAUGAGUACAAGUGAAUGUGUCCUCGGGAUUGAUAUUGGGACAACGUCUGUUAAGUGCUGUCUGGUGGAUGUCAACUCGAAAGAAGUUAUCUCAAGUCAGAAGAAGGACACGUACUCUGAUGUCCCCAGUGAACUUGGUACAGAAGGUAGCAAACAAGAUGUUCCACGUAUAUUGUCAGCCCUACAGAUGUGUGUUUCCAGGCUACCUAGAGAAGCUACACGCAAGGUGACACGUAUAGGUGUAUGUGGCCAGAUGCAUGGCUGUAUGUUGUGGAAACAUGGACAGGCUUGGGAACAAAAGCCAGAUUCAGAUAGGUUUGAGAUUCGAGAAGUUAGCAACUCAUAUACAUGGCAAGACAAUAGAUGCACGCAGGAAUUUCUGUCAUCUCUACCAGUUCCAGAAUCACAUCUUUCAAUUGCAUCUGGAUAUGGAUGUGCAACAUUACUGUGGUUUUCCAAGAAUAAACCAGAAAAGUUAACAAGAUUCAACAGAGCUGGAACUAUCCAUGACUUCCUUGUCUGUAUGUUGUGUGGGCUAGACCGGCCUGUUAUGUCAGUGCAGAAUGCUGCAUCAUGGGGUUUCUUCAACACCGUCACCAAGAAAUGGAAUGAGGAGCUCUUGCAGGAAGCAGGUCUAACCAGUGAUCUACUUCCCACUGUUGUUGACUCAGGACAAGAGGCUGGGCAGCUUGAAAACUCAUGGUAUGGAAUCCCUGCCAAGACACCAGUCAUUGCUUCACUAGGUGAUCUUCAGUGUUCAGUUCUGCCACUGUUGUCUGGAAGUGAUGUAGCUGUAAUAAAUAUAUCAACAUCAGCCCAGCUCUGCUUCAGGAUGUCAGAGGACUUUGUGCCACCAGAGCAGCCUCCUAGCAGUCCACAACCAGUUGAGUAUUUCCCUUUCUUCGACAACACAUACUUGGCAGUAGCAGCAUCUUUAAAUGGUGGCAAUGUCCUGGCAGCAUUUGUGAGAACUGUACAGCAGUGGAGUCUUGAAUUAGGUUUCCAAGUUCCACAAUCAAAGAUUUGGCAGAGAAUUCUGGCUCUUGGUGCAGAGCCUCAGAGUCAGUCUUCACUAGUAGUUGAACCUACAAUAUUUGGGGAACGUCAUUCACCGCAAGAGAAUGCUAUGGUGUCUAAUAUAGAUUUAGGAAACAUAUCGCUAGGGAAAGUGACAAGAGGACUAUGCAAAGGAAUCAUCACAAAUAUACACAGCAUGAUGCCGAGAUCUCUGCUCAUUGAAAAUGGAAUCACAAAUAUCAUAGGUGGAGGAUCAGCCCUCACAAGAAACCCUAUACUGCACAAGGAACUGGAAGAUGCGUAUCAGCUGCCAGUGUCUCUGGACUCCCGAGGUGAUGCUGCGUAUGGGUCUGCUUUGGCAGCCAUUAAUUCCAAAGCACCCUGAAGAUGAUUAUUUAGAAUUGAGAAGAGUUAAGAUUUGAAAUCUUACUUGCAAGUAUAUUGCCUACUGCACAAUAUUUCUGAAAUGAGAAAUAUGAAUUGUUAUAGAGAGAUAUGAAUAUUGAAAUCUGUUAUAAUUUAUAAA